GCCACUGUCAGUAAGUGUUGUGAAACAUGCAGGAAGAAAAUGUGUCGGUUACCGCCUUUUUGGUGCAAGGAUUUUCGGCCAUGUCGAUCGCCUUCCUCACGUCGCUUACUGGUUUCAUAUACGCUUGGCCGUCUUACACGAUGGAAAUGUUCAGAUCGAACGCUACAGUUCUAUCGGAGCCGAUGACUAUGACGGACGUAUCGUUGUUGGGUAGUCUAACGAAUGUUGGAGGCUUAUUAGCAACUCCUUUCUGCGGUUACGCUAUGGACAAGUUUGGAAGGAAAUAUACUGCAAUGCUCUUUGGAAUGCCUUGCAUGAUAACAUGGGCGAUCAUAGCUGUGUCCAAGUCAGUGAAUGUUAUAUUAUUUGCCGUCGCUUUAGCCGGUCUCAGCGCCGGGGGACAGGCAGUAUCCUCCGUCUACAUAUCGGAGAUAAGCCAGGAUUCCAUCAGAGGAGCCUUAACCUCCACCACGGUGUCAGGAUAUUUCCUAGGACUACUCUUUUCGUAUGUGUUAGGAGGUUAUCUACCGUACCACUAUGUGAUAUACACCCAUUUGCUGUUUUGCGUUCUCUAUGUCCUUAUGGUGGGUGUGUUGAAGGAAUCCCCUGUUUAUUUGAUGAUGAGGGGUAAAGAAGAAGAAGCAAAAGAAUCACUAGCGUUUUAUCGACGAGUCGACAAAAAUUCGAAGGCAAUAGAAGUCGCAUUAAAGAAAAUCAAACUGCAAAUAGAUCCAAGAAUAGCUAUGAUACAGGAAGGAGAUGAUGUAGAAGUAACGAAGGAACUUCUAGAGAAUCCUCCACCGGUAGAAGUUAAGGAAUCAGCGUGGAAGUUUCUAAGUAAAUCGGAAUCAUCGAAACGUGCGUUGGUCACGGUGAUUAUCAUUAUGGGGUCAGUGAUACUCAUGGGGUCCAUAGUGCUGCAGGUCUACGCAGAGCCUCUGUUCAAGGAGGCCGUUCCUACAAUGGAUCCUAAUACUUGCUGUGUUCUUCUAGCGGUAGUAUAUCUUAUUGCCAGCAUCAUCUGUGCAUUCACCAUUGACAGGUUUGGGAGAAAGCCUCUGAUGGUGAUCACAGCAGCAGCAUCAGGGUUCUUCAACAUCCUACUGGGCACGCAGCUGCAUCUGCGCUGGGCUCCGCACUGGUUCACGGCGGUCGUGAUCUACGCGUACAGCCUGGUCUACAACCUGGGGGUAGCGAUAGUGCCGUUCGUGCUGACGGCUGAGGUGUUCUUACCUGAGGUACGUGGCAUCGGCAACAGCUUCUCCAUGGCUUGCAUGUGGGUGAUGAACUUCGUCACUCUCAUAAUCUUCAACCCCCUGGUGGAAGCCUGCGGUCUGGGACCCACCUUCUACGUCUUCUCCGUCGUCUGCUUCCUUACCGCCAUCUACAGCCAGUUCUGCUUACCAGAAACCAAGGGCUUAUCGGCCGACGAGAUCCAAAUACUAUUCGUGAAGAAAAGAAAAACGAGAAACGAAGUUAAAGCCUAGGAUUUGACUGAUCUGUUUUGUUUGUAAGCGGUCCCCUAGACGAUCAAUUUUAUUGUGCAAUUUCCCG